UCCACACACACUGACGUGGCUGCAAGCGGCGCGGGUCUGCCCGUCCGUCUGUCCCCACCAUCCGCACGCACGGCCACGGCCUACUAGCCAGCCAUGGCCCGUAUGCGAAAGGCCGCCGGACAGCAUGCGAAAAGCGCGCGUUACACAAUGCAAUUCAUCGGUGUGGACGUGGGCACCCAGAGUGUGAGGGCAGCCCUGGUCAACGAGAAGGGAGUUGUCCUCAAGACCGCUGUCCGUGACAUUGACACUUACAACCCGCAACCUCAAUUCUACGAGCAGUCCUCGGAACAGAUCUGGAACGCCUGCUGCAAAGUUGUUAAGGAAGUCGCAAAAGAUGCCGAAAAAAUCAGGGGACUGGGCUUUGAUGCCACGUGCUCCCUCGUAAUCCUGGAUGAGGAAGAAGCUCCCCUUACAGUGAGCCCUACAGGAAAACCAGAGCAGAAUGUCAUCCUCUGGAUGGACCACAGGGCAGUGGAACAGGCAGCCCUCAUCAACGAGACCCAGGACGAUGUCCUGCGGUUCGUAGGGGGACAGAUCUCUCCAGAGAUGCAGCCACCAAAGCUACUUUGGUUGAAACAGAACAUGCCAGAAACAUGGGAGAAACUAGGAUAUGCAUUUGAUCUUCCAGACUUUCUCACCUGGAAGGCAACUGGGUCGGACACUAGGUCACUCUGCUCUGUCGUCUGCAAGUGGACGUACCGUGCAGGAAAUUCGGAGGAAAAAGGGUGGAAGGACUCUUUUUGGAUUCAAAUAGGACUGGCAGACAUCGUAGACGGUGGCUAUAAGAAAAUAGGCACAAGCUUUGCGGCUCCAGGAUUUCCUUGUGGAAAGGGUUUGUCAAAGAAAGCGGCACUCCAACUGGGCCUCAAGCCUGGGCUACCGGUUGCCACUUCCAUCAUUGAUGCACACGCAGGUGGCAUAGGUCUCUUGGGCUGUGAAGUAGAUGACGAUUACCACAAGUCAUUUUCACGAAGACUGGCUGUUAUCGCUGGAACCUCCACCUGCCACAUGCUGGCCAACGAAAAUAGCAUCUUCACUCCUGGCGUCUGGGGUCCUUACUUUUCAGCCAUGGUACCUGGGAUGUGGCUGAGCGAAGCUGGACAAAGCGCAGCUGGUAGCUUGAUUCAGCACAUCAUUAAUUCCCACAAGGCAUUCCCUGCAAUAGCAGCCAAAACAAAACCAGAUCGCCACACAGAGGACACGCUAAACUGGAUGUUGGGCCAGAUAUGCAUGAAGAGACGGCUGCCAUCCAUCUCUCUCGUGGCUACAAACCUUCACGUGUGGCCAGAUUUCCACGGCAACCGCUCUCCUGUCGCGGACCCAAACCUCAGAGGCAUGGUCUGCGGAUUGACCCUAGACUCGGAUGAAGAGGACUUGGCCUGUCUCUACCUCGCUACAGUGCAGGGUCUUGCCUACAGCACGAGACACAUCCUGGAUAGUCUACGACAGACAGGACACUCAGUCUCCAUCAUCCUGCUCUGUGGUGGACUGUCAAAGAACCCCCUCUACGUCCAGAUGCAUGCGGACAUCACAGGGCUCCCCGUUCUGCUUCCCUCGGAACCAGAGUCCGUUCUUCUGGGUUCGGCCAUACUGGGUGCAAACGCGAGCGGCGUCUACAGUAGCGUUACGGAGGCCAUGCUACAGAUGGGAGGAUCUGGCACCGUGGUUCGCCCAAACCUCGGAGACAAGAGGUUUCACGACGCAAAGUAUGCAGCCUUCCUGAAGAUGCUCGAGUGCCAGCAAGACAUCAACAGGAUCAUGCAGGAAGUGUGAAGAACCACACAAAUGAUCAGACGAAAGACACUAUUUUAUACGCAGUGUAUGUACUACAAAAGGAUAUGUAUAUUUUGAAGAACACAAUUUUUUCGUAGA